CCAUCUGCGCCUCCCUGCAGUUCUCCGCCGGCGUCGGCCUCCGCAACCUCUGAACUCGUCCGCUCCACCUUCCUCCUCUCCGUCUCCCGCCAUUGCAUCCAGCUGUGGCCCUCACAGGGCGCGCUCGCUGGCUCUCACCUGACAGGUCCCUGGCCUCAGGACGACAGCCAGCAACAACACGUUCCCUAUAUGAGGGACAAAGCGACGCAGACCCCCAGGGCCUGGGCAGAUGAGAGGAGGAGGGGCUCUCACAAACGCUCGGCCUCCUGUGGGAGCACCGACCAACUCAAGGAGAUUGCCAAAUUGCGUCAGCAGCUUCAGCGCAGCAAGCGGAGCAGCCGCCAUCGGAGGGACAAGGACCGCAAAUCCCCGUUCAAUGGCAGCCAUGCCAUCAUUCAGUCACAGUCGCCUAUGCCCAAGACCAUCCUCAUACCAAUUCCUAUAUCCAAAUCCUCGGCUCCUCGCUUCCGCAACAGCGUGGAGGGCCUGAACCAGGAAAUCGAGCGCAUCAUCAUCCGAGACACCCCCGAGAAGGAUGAGACCAUUGUUCCGCAGGAUGUCCCCGAUGGCCACCGCGCGCCCCCACCAGUUCCCCCUCAGCGCAGUAGCAGCACCCGCAGCAUCGACACGCAGACUCCAUCGGGGGGUGGCCUUAGCGGCAACCACAGCAACUGCAGCAGCCGUCCGGACUCCAUCUCCCCCUCCUACCUCAGCGUCCUCAACGAUACGGCUGGAGGCAGUCCCUACGAUGAGAAAGAGCUAAGUYCGUGCUCCCCACUGCCCAAGUACGCCGCCUCUCCCAGACCCAACAACAGUUACAUGUUCAAGAGAGAACCACCAGAGGGUUGUGAGAAGGUCAGAGUAUCUGAAGAAUCCAUGCCCAAACCUCUGGAGGAGAUCCCUCCCUUCCUGUGUCCCGACCGCAACAAGGUCAACUUCAUCCCCAACAGCGGUUCUGCCUUCUGCCUCGUCAGCAUCCUCAAGCCCCUGCUUCCCACCCCGGACCUCAACUUUCGCCCGGGGGUGGGCCUCCGGAGCCUGUCCCCGUCCCUGGUGCCUCUGUCCACCCAGCCCUGUCUCCUGGAGGAGCCUGAGAGCUUUUGACUGCCCCGUUGGCCUCCAAGUCAACAACCCUCUUUCCCCUUCCUAUCAGCUGAAUCAGAAAACACUACGGAAUCAACCGUUUUGCUCCUAAAACAAAACAAAAAAAAUGCCUUUAGCAUGCCAGCUAAGCUCUCUGAUGUCCUUCUUUUGUUAAAAAGCUCUUCCCACUGCCUCCUCCUCUGACGUGAGACUCCUGCCUUCCAGAGCAGGCGUUUGUAGCUCACAUUUCACCGCUUUCUUCUACCUUCAGCACUGGUUCUGUUCCUGUUCUUCUAGGAGGAAACGGGGAGAAAAAAAGACAAACAUUUCUUUUGAUUUCAUCGUAUUAUACCAUGGCGCCUUUCCACAGACAUAUCUCUUUUUCUAUCUACGGUUGUUUGUCUUGAUAUAAAUUAUGCCUUCCAUUAUGACAAAAAAAAAAGGCCGCUGGUUUUCUUGGAGACCGCCAGAUCGACCACAGAGGUUAACUUUGGUGCUGCCAGAUGAAUCGUAGCAUACCUUGAAGGGAUGUGAGAAGUUCAAAAAUGUGCCUGAUGUUUUAGACCGCAGUUUCCCUGAACCAUCAUAAUGCUGUGAGCGUAAUUAUGGUCAUUGCACUAUGAAGGCCAUAGAUACAAGCAGCAAAGCAGAUAAAGUACAAACAGCGUAUCCUUAAAAUACUUACAGACCAAAUCCUGGGAUCUGUUUGCUACUUUUUUAAUCAGCCGUUUGCUGGGUAUCUAUGGGAAACACAGGCCAGGGCUAUGAUGUUCGACACGUGUUCAACCUGUGUCUGCUUGCCCCUCCCCACGCCUGACCUCCCUUCAGCGCCAACCUUUGCUCACCCUCGCCCAUCUUUUCUCCGUUUUGCGAGCUCUUUCUCUUUGUUGAGGUCCUCCUGUCUUGGUCGGCUUGUAUUGCUUUUGGAAUGCAUCUACUUGCAGGGUUUUUCUCACGGAGAGGCUGGUCAACCCAAGCUUCCACGCAUCCGCAGACCAUCGGGGCAAUCUGGGUCGCAGAAAAUAGACAAUUUUAAACUAUUUGUAUAGCCAGCAAAAGAUCAAAUGAAACGGUGUACUGUUAAUGGUUAAAACAAGCUACACUUAGUAGAGCAUCUUUACAUUUAGUCUCUAUGUCAUGCUAAUUUCAGAUUGACUUAACCUAGAACCGGUGUGGCCCAUAUAAACAUAUAGAAUCCAUUACUAUGCUAGAGAGGUACAAACAAAUUUGCUACGAAGUUGAUCGAUUGAGUAACAUCAAAACUGUAUGGUAGUUGAAAGCUAUCUACUUUCAAUAGUAAGUAUAUUUCAAGUAAAUAUGUGCUCAUUAGAAUUAUGUCUCAGAAGUAACAAACAGUGUGAGAUAUUUUACCCUCUGUUAUUGAACUGGCUAGAAUUGGAAAUGUUGGUAGAUCUUUCAUCUAGGAGUUAAGGUAAAGAAUUUCACAGAUUGAGCUGUUUUGGUGAAGCUAACCAUGCUUACUGAUUACAUAAGUUUCUAAAAGUCUUAAAUAUCUCAACUACAUUGGAAUUUUAUAAUUAAUGUUUUACAGCAACUGCUGUCUCAAACUUGUAAUCCUAAAUAGCUAAUGAUUGUUAAUGAUAAAUUUUAAGGGAAACAGAAUUGGCUCAAGUCAAUAUCCACAGAUCAAAGUCUUACAAAACCAAAGAUUGGAAGUCAGUUCCAAAAUACUUUAAUGGUUCAUCUCCAAUAGUUUUUUGGGGGGGGUUUGGUUGUGGGUGGUAAGAAAAUAUUAAGUCUAAACUGAUUGGCUAAUUUCUCUGACACCUGCAUUGUUACAGUUUUUCUAAAGAAGAAACAAACAAAAGCUUACCUUUCGGAGCAUUUGGAAAUUGUGCAAAACUGAAAUUUUUCUCGUCAGCGUGCCAUAUCUUUGAAGGACUAUUUCUAAAGGGAACAUUUGUUUUUGAAAAUUGUUGCAGUUGCUUUGGGAAAGAACUUAGCCUAGCACUGCUUUAGUCAUGCUCAUGAUAAACAGCAGCUGUUUGAGUGUCUCCAGUUAUUUCAUUGUCUACUUCAGGGGUCACCAACUCCAGUCCUCGAGGGCUACCGUCCUGCAACUUUUAGAUGCGUCUCUGCUCAAACACACCUGGA